GAGGCAGCACACUCACACGGGAGAGAGCACGUACAUUCGGGGAAUCUUUCUGUUUUUUUCCCAUUCCGUGGUCGACCGAGUAGCUUUGAUCAGCGAAUGAAGCACUGAAAGACGGCAGCUUCCAGAGUCACCUUCAUUUCCUGUGCCUCGUCCAGCUCAUGGUCCCUCAACUUGACCUCCAGUAAUGCUACUGUUCUUUUAGAGAUUUGCAUAUCCACUUCCACUCCUUCCUCAUUUGCAUACAGCAAGAAUGGCGAGCGGGCAUCCCACAGACAAAUUCAGUUUCAUGUAUCAACCAGACACGCACAAGAGUAAGAACAGGUUAUCUUCAGCUAUGAAUCCAGUCUACAGCCCUGUCCAGCCUGGAACUCCAUAUGGAAACCCCAAGAAUAUGGCCUUUACAGGCUAUCCAGGGGGGUAUCCAGCUACAGCUCCUACCUACACACCCAACCUGUACCAAACAGGCAGUCCUGGGUAUCCACCAGGAUAUACUCCAGCAGGAACUCCAUACAAAGUGCCCCCCACUCAGUCAAAUGGAGCCCCUCCUCCUUAUACUCCGACCCCUACCCCGUACCCGACAGCUAUGUACCCCAUCCGCAGUGCCUACCCUCAGCAGAACCUAUACACACAGGGAGCGUACUACACCCAGCCAGUGUUUGCCGCUCAGCCACAUGUGAUCCAUCACACCACCGUGGUGCAGCCUAACAGCAUCCCCUCCACAGCCCUCUACCCGGCCCCUGUUCCCGUACCUGCUCCUCGCAACAACGGCAUGGCUGCCAUGGGGAUGGUAGCUGGGACAACCAUGGCCAUGAGCGCAGGGACUCUGCUGACAACGCCACAACACCCCCCAAUUGGAGCACACCCAGUUACUGUGCCAACCUACAGGCCCCAAGGGACACCUGGGUACAGCUACGUACCGCCUCACUGGUAGAGCCCAUCCAUCAUAUCUGGAGUCCACCAUCGUAUGCAACUGCUCGAAUCUUACCGCGAGCUCCCGUCAGUAAUCACGGGAACUCUGCAUCUGUCUGCAAGAACAAAACUAAAGUGCAACAGCCACUUUACUAUCAUUGUUAUUAUGCGACAUUCUCUAACAUUUUUACAAAAGCUGCUUUUUCUUUGUUUUGUUUUUCUUUUUUCCUUUUCAUCUGCCAACCAAUCAUUAUCUUAUUUUGUAUGGUUAUUUUAUUUCAUUUCCUCAUUUUUCUUUGCUGUGUCUGUCAUUGGAACUCCAGAAGGACUCUUGACCAAUCACGGGUGUCGAGCGCUCCUGUUACUGUGUUGUGCUGGUGUGUGUGUGUGUGUGUGUGUGUGUGCGCGUGCGCGCGUGCGCGCGCGCGCGUGUGUGUGCGUUUCUGCCUGCUGCAACUCAGCUGGCUGGAGAAUAUUGGGCACUUAUUCUUCAUCAUCUCCAUCGGUCACAAAGACUUAUUGACUUAUGCUGCCAAAUUUUUUAAUGACUAGAUAUCAGCACAGGGUUUCAACACAACUAGGAUUUUAGUUUUACAGAUUGUUGAUUUUUAAUGUUCCUUCUUUUUGCCACACCCAACCUUACUUUGCAGUCUCUCCCCCCAAAUUCUUCCUCAUCCUUUUUCAGUUUGAUCUUGGUCGUCUUCCAGUGCGUAGCUGUGUCCAGCAGUAGUCAGUAUGUCAUCCCGGUUGUUACGCCUCCAUGGGAGUGCUGUGAGCACUGACCAGCCAUCACCUGUGAUGCUACGCGUCACAUUUUUUGUUUGCUUUAGCAUUGUACCUAGUACAAACAUCAUGCUACAUACUAUGCAGGCUGGUAUGUUGUGACACUAUCAAAAUUUUAUCCUAGCUAUAGAGGACGUUCCUGGGUGGUUUGGGUCAUGUCAGCUUUUUUCUGUGGUUAGAGUAGGUAAGUACAUUUAAAACCUUAAAAAAAUACAGCUAUACUAACAGUGACAACAGCUUGGAUGGUCGUGCACACUUUCUGACACACACACACACACACACACACACACACACACACACACACACACACACACACACACACACACACACACACACAGGGGCUCCUGUGGUGUGUUGGGAAACACCGUCACUUAGUGGCACUUAUUGUACAGUACCUCCAGUUAUGUUUUAGCUGGUGGACACACUCACUUACACUCACACACACACAUAUGGAUUUCUGGGGUGUGCAUGGGAGACACAGCCAGCAGUGAUGGAGUUUAAAGGGAUUGGUGGUGAUGUCGAAGGAGAGCCGGGAGGGAUGAGGACAGUAGACAAGAUGACAUAUUCACAGCCGUCAUCUUAAGGCACAAGAGAUUUAAGUUUGUUGCAUCUCGCCUGCGAGGAGGUGCACAAACAGACGGCUCUUUUGCGCUGUAUGUGAUGUACAUUGAUUUUUCUCACUGUGAAUAUAUCAUCUCCUCCUCCUCCUUCCAUUUUCCAGACGAGGACUAAUAACCAAACGGCCUGCAGAUGAGAGCCCAGACUAUUGAAUUUUUUUUUAUUAAAUAAUGGACAUGUCAGAUAAAUAUCAUUGGAUAGAUGAAUAGAAUUCAAUCUAGUCCAUCCUUCUUAAUGUUAUGCACAUCACAGCCUUCUGAUUGGACGCACUCUGUUAAUAAUGUGCUCAGCACAAGGUCCAUGUCGCAGCACGGCUUUUUAGGAUUUUGGUCAGAAUGAUACCGUACCUUGUCAUGUAGCUUAAAGUGCCCCGUUACGCUUGUAUUCACAAUUAUUUUUUCCAUUUCAUUAAUUUUAAAGUUAAACCAAUUUAAAAAACACAAUUUUAGUCACGCAUUAGUUCACGCAGUGCUUCAGCAUCUUUGUCGUUCUCUCUCUGAAAUGCUCAGUUUUGGCUCCUGGCUCUUGAAGUCUGCACUGUACCCAGACUGUAUAAAAGAUGGAUGGAUACUGUGACGUCACAUGUUUGUUUAAGCCCCAUUUUGCAAAAGACUGGACGUUACAAGGAGGCGUGGGUCUGACUGGGAAACUGUAUCUUAUUGUUUUUUGAUUGGCAAGUGAUUAGCCCAUGGGCAAGCAGAUAAUCAUCCUUUUUUAAAAUUAAUAAAUAAAAUCACCAACAUUUACAGAACAGACUUUUUUUAUUCAGUGUGACUCAAAGUGAAUUAAUGAGCCCAUGAACUUCUAUAGGACCGCAAGUGUUUUUGCAGCCACAGCUAUCGCCAUCUGCUGGUCUUUAGAUAGAAUGCAGAUUUAAAGCACUUCCACACUGGCUGAAUUUUUCUGACCUAGAAGCUGCAUCUGUGUUUUAUCCUGCCUGUGGCUCUGACAGUUUGACAGAAAAGAAUCAAAUUUGGCCACAUUCAUAACUGGAUGCUCGUCUAAGAGCCAUCAAAUACUAACAGAAACUUUUAGCUUCAGCCAGAUUUUCUCUUCUCUGAACUUAAUGUCAGGAAAUUGAAAAUAUGACACUCUUGUUUGCUGUUUUUGUGGCACUAUUUCACCCAUUUCCUCUUGUGUUUUUAUGUUAGAAAGAACAACUUUAUUGGCAAUUUAUCUACAGUCAAACACAAUACAGAUCGAGUAAAUAUUUAUACCUAUGCACCAUGCUAAAAUUAAACAUGUGGGGUUCAUUAUUGUUGUGGAGACAAAUGUAAUUUGGCAGAAACUGAUCAUUUUGUAGAAGAACUCAACAAAAAGGACAUAAUAGGGGAGUAGCUGUUUGGUUUUUUUUCUUGGUUUCUUGGCCAAGAUUAUGGCUGUUACAUAGUGACACAGAUAUGUAACACAAGAAGAGCCUGGACUACAGCCAAAGCAUUUCCAUGGCAGUGUUUUCAGGGAGAGAAUGACUCCAUUCGGUGUGAACUUUGGGCUUUGUAAGCAAAUCUAAACGCAGAUGCAUAAUAGCGGCACUUUAAGACUUUGUGUAUUGGUCCUCGUCAGUGUGGGGUAGUCAUGAUCGUGGUGGGAUUUACUUUUAGGUGAGGCCUGUGGCAUUUUUUCAGGAUUUACAAGAAGAAAAAAGCUCAAAGGAGAACUUCACAUUCCUGCGAGUGUAGAUUGGUCUUAAAAAAGAAAAAAGCAUUUAGCGCACGGGUAUGUGGAUGAAGUGGUUUGAUAUUGCAAUAAAAUAAGAGGGGAAUGCCUCCAACUUUAACAUACAGUAAUUAUUUUAUCAGCAUUUCGAAUUGAUUUUUUUUUUUUUUUUUUUUUUUUUUUUUUUUUUUUUUGGUUAAAUAAACAAAUGCAUAUUGUUGUAAUCUCUAAAUAUGGAUUCAAGGCUCCGUAUGCAGCCGCCUUUCAAUAAUUAUUACAGUUACUGCUAAGAAAAGUAGACAUAUCAAAUUUUUUUGGAGUAUUGAAUAACAUUGUGAGGAAAUAUUGCACAACAUAAGACAAAAAAAAGAAACUUGACUAUACUACUAUAAUUUAAUGCUAAGUAACAGGUACCUAGACUUUGUAGUGCAAGACGGAGGAAGAAGCAAUUUAUAUCAUAAUUAAAAAUAAAACAAUAAGGUUGAGUGUUUGAGGUAUUCUUAGUCCAGAUGUUUGUACACUAGUAUGUUAAUUCUCAAGAAAAUAUGGCAUAAUGCCGCUGUCGGAAGAAAAGCGCCUACGUUUGGGCCCCGUUUUUAAAGCGACUCUUGUAUUUUAGCCGCUAUCAAGUGGGUGUUAUUAGCAUGAGAGUAAGGAAAAUGACGCCGCUUAAGGAUCUUGUACAUUUUAAUUUAAGCUGGUGAAACUUCACAAGUUCACAAACUACAUUUUCUUGCGACAGCAGUGAUGUUACUCCAUUAGGAUUUAUUUAACCAACCACUACUUUUUGUCAGUAUUUCUCAGUUAAAUCUUGUUUUCUUUCUUCUUCUUCUUUCCCUAUGGUCAAUUGAGCAUAAUGGGUAUGCAUAAUAUUCAGGUGUAUUUCACUAUAGCAUUGGAUUUCUAAGUUUAAAAAAAAAACAUGCAGUAUAUUUAUACAGCAAGUGGUACAGUAAUGUAUUUCUAGCUAAGCAUGGUUGCAUCAGUGUGGCAGCUACUGUUUGUGCUUUUAAUAUAUAUAUAUUAUUUUUUGUUUUUGUUUUACCUCUUCUGCAUCUGUCCACUACAUAUCCGUUUCUAUAGGAGGGAGUGGAGUUCACACAAGGUCUGUACGUAAAACUGUGGGAUUUCUUAUCACCAGAUUCCCACGGUUUUCUGAUCAUUGCCUGAAAUUACAGACGAUAUAUUACAAAAAAAACUAAAAAAGAGGAUCGGUGACGGAACUGAAAUGGAUGCCUUUAGAAUCAGUUUGGGUUUUUUUUCUGUCCGUUUCUGUUUUGUGGGUUCAAAGAAUUGUAUUGAAUGAUGUCUUGAAAACCCUCAGCCUCUGUGCCCUUUGUUCUGUGCCAUAUUUCACCAGUCGUUGUUCGAUAAAUAUUGCUUUGUUCUCCUAAGUGGUGAAUUCUGAGUCCUUGUUGCGUCUGGCUUCAUGUGAAUCUGUGUUUAGUUUAGUUUUUUUCCCCUAUUGCUGUCCUGUUUCUCACGCUGUUGAUGCAUAUAUUGUCUGACUCUUAACUUUUGCUCCUCUCCUCUCUGGGUUUACCCCCGUUUUCACUUUGUGCCCACUCUGCACUCCAUUACACAUCUGGUUUCAUCACAUUCAGGGAUGCAAAAUGAUGUCGGAUCAUAUUGUUUCCUCCCGUCUUCACUCUUAGCACUUUUUUUUUUUUCACUCUCAUACCUUUCUGUGCUAACCUGCCUAAAGUUUGCAUCCCUCACCUCCCCGUCUGAACUGCAGAAGCGAUGGUUGUUACAUCGACGCCUUUUUAAACACUAGAUGUCGCUGGUGACAAAGUCUAAUGUGGCAUCUAUGGCUGAUGGCUUUGAGCCUUUUUAGUCAUUUACAUGUAAAAUUCAUAAUUAAAUGUCAUCGUUGAACACUUUCUCAAAUUGCUGAAGGCUUUUUGGGGGAUAUUUUUAGAUGUUUCAUCAACCAAAACAUCACUAAAAAUACAGACCUGUAUUUUUUACCUUUUUUUCUUUUUCUUUUUUUGAUUGUGGACCAAAGCUCUUAAACAAAUUUUUUAUUUUUGUUUUAAUGUGGAGACCCAGUGAAGAGGUUGGAAACAGUUUCAAUUUUGUUUAUUUUUUCCAGAGUGAUGAAACUGCUUCUCAUUUCACUCCAUUCCUUGUUUCAUUUAUUUCGAUUUGCACUUAAGUGAAAAUGGGCAGUUGCACACUUUGCAGCGUUUGGGGACGAGGGGGGAUGGCGGCGUGCAAACUUGUCUUAAUCGUGGCUCUGCUUCAGCGCUUCAUCCAUCAACCUGUAGAUUUCCAAACCUUUUUUGCUUUUAUUUUUUUUUUUUUUUUAUCUUGACAGUGAAAAUUUGACCAGAAGCAUUUCAUAACACCUGUCCUCUCUUCCAUUUCCCCUCCCCUCCUCUUUUUUUUGUUUGUUUUUUGUUUGAUUUUUUGCCUUGCAGUUGCAAAGUCUUAGUUUUUCACGAGUAUAAAUUAAAACACUACUAUCAAAAUGAAUAGUAGGCUCUUAAAUGUCUUCGAUGUUCUGCUGCAGCUUUUUAAUUUCAACUUGUCAGAGAUAUCUCUUAGUUUGAUUUGACACUAAAUGUGAUGCAAAAAGUGGAAAUUCCUUGUCUUCCAAAAAAAACAACAAAAAAACAAAAGAAGAAGGAAAAAAAAACUGCUUGCAUCCUUCUGGGAUCAAGUACGACGAACAACCCCAUCUUUGGAAGUUUUAGUUUGGUACCCAGUUUGCACAUGCUAUGGUAUAUCUGUUACCGUAAGGUUGUGUUUGAAACUGAAGCCCAACGUCUGUUCAGCGUUGAGAGAAGUGAAUUGUAUGUUAGCUAUUUGGUCCAGAGUGAAGGACCUGCGUCAGGCUUGUGAUAUGAAGUGUAAAUCUGUUUUUUUUUUUUUUGGUUUUUUUUUUUUUAUUUCCUCGUUUUUUUCUUUUAUUAAUGUUUAUUUUUUUUGUUGUUGUUGAGGGUUUUUAUUUUUUUUUUUUUUUUUAAAGAUCAGUUAGUGAUCUUAGUACUAUAACUAAGCCAAGUUUGUAAUUGUAUAUUUACUGUAAAAUGUAGAACAUUGAAUAACUAUUAAAAUUUUCCUAUAAAAGGAAGACUUAUUGUGUGU